AUGAGUUUAUUGAAAACUCGUGUUUCCUCAGUGUGCCAAUUGCGCAGCCUUCUGCGGCCGCCAACGAACCUACCUUUUCGCGGAAUAUACAGGACGGAGGGCGAAACCGUUCGGAAAGACGAUAUUCUAGUUUGUCAGGGUAAAAUGAACUAUCAUCCUGGGCUUAAUGUAUACUUCGAAGCUGAUCGGAGUGAAAAGGUGCUGAGAUCUGCAUGUGACGGCGUUGUUCGGAUAACUACGGAGAAAAUAAAUCCAGAUUUGACGAAUCCUGAAAUGACAGUUUAUGAAUAUAAGAAGCAUUUAGAGUUGCGGAAGCUUACUUUCAAUGUUAUACCAUUUGAAAUGUCUCAGACAUUUAACCUUGCUCCAAAAAUGGAUGACGGUCUGCUGAACUUAUACGUUGCUGCUUCCGAAACAGUUACCUACAUAUUACUGUUUUUGCCAUCCACUUUGAUGAUUUUCUGCUACGUCGAUCGUAUCUUAGAGUUGAUAGAGCACGUUCAAAGCACGGGAGAAGUGAACACACCUGAGCUUGCUUCACUCCAAAGAGUUCUGAAGUCGGAUUUCUUCGGUGCCGUGCGCGAAGUCUAUGAAACGCUUUACGAGACUGUGGACGUCGAGGGACCACCAGAGGUGCGGGCCUCUGCUACUGCAAAGGCAACCGUGGCCGCGUUCGCCGCAGCUGAAGGACAAGCUCAUCCCCGUACAGUCGAGUUGCCGAAAACUGAUCAAGGCUUGGGAUUCAACGUUAUGGGUGGAAAGGAGCAAAACUCUCCUAUUUACAUAUCGAGAAUCAUACCGGGUGGCGUUGCCGAUCGUCACGGUGGCUUAAGAAGAGGAGAUCAGCUGAUUGCCGUGAAUGGAGUGAAUGUGGAAAGCGAAUGUCAUGAGAGAGCUGUGGACCUAUUGAAAUCCGCCCAAGGGACGGUACGACUUGUUGUUCGUUAUACACCACGUCUACUGGAUGAAAUGGAGCGGAGCGUUUUACCUUUUAUUUCUCGAAUGAAAAAAACUGGUGCUACUGUAGUUGAGGGGGAAUGGCGAGUGAUGGAACGGCGAAAUAAGUGGAUGCUGCUUCCACCCAGGGUCGGUGUUCGGCAUGCAUUGAGGUUGUCUCGUAAUUUUUGCGCAAGCAGCAGCUCCCUCAAACCUUUAACAGCCGAAGAUGUCAAGGUUACAGAUCGAGCACAACAGCGACUUAAGGAAGUUCUUUCACCCGGCGAACGGUUACGUGUUGAAGUUGACGGAGGAGGCUGUUCUGGAUUUGAAUACAAAAUAAAGUUGGAUAAUAAGCUUCAAAAUGAUGAUCGACUAUGGAAAGGCGAUAAUGUCGAAGUUGUCAUUGACGAGAUGUCGUUGGGAUAUUUGCGUGGAGCCACAAUUGACUACAUGGAAGACUUGAUGAAGGCCUCAUUCCGAGUUGUAAAUAACCCAAUUGCUGAGAAAGGUUGCUCGUGUGGGUCGAGCUUCGCACCGAAAAUGGACUAG